CCGAAAUAUAAAAUACUGAAUGUAGCAUGCAAGGUGAACAGCACAGCUCAAGAUAUGGAAAGGAAAGGGACAAUGGGGAGGAGAAAAAUAAUUGAGGAGGGCAAAGCGAUGAUUGCUAGGGCGGGCGAAGAGUUGGGAAUUGCGGAGCAAAGCAGAAUAUCCAUGGAAGGGCGAUACCGACGAGGCAGGCUAGUCUAUAUGUCGGGGGAAAAACCUUGGCCGGCCCCGCCAGGGAACUGGAUAUGAGGAUUCCGAACUUGGUGUCCAUUGCCCUCAUAUUCGUGCUCUUCCAAAACUCCUUCCCCCGGGCUGCGCCUCAAUGCGCCCUCAAUUUGAGCUCUUACCCCUACGUGGCUUACCAGGAGUGCGGUCGGGUGCAGGAUCAGAUUGAUCGCUGGGACGGUUUCCCCUCCACCUUCUGCUGCCGCAAUGCCCUCACCGUCUUCGCCCAGGCUUUGGCCCUGCGAGCCCGCUCUUCCCCCCAACAGGGCUCCCUCUUCAUUUCCCACGCUGAAUGGGUCGCCUGCACCGACGCCUUUCGUCUCCGGCACGGCGUGUCCCCCACUUCCUGCGGCUUCCCCGACUUGUACCUGGGCGCCUCCAAGUGCUCCUCCCUCACGCUCCAGGACCUUCAGGGCCAGCAGUUCUACCAGAGCACCCUCGACGAAUGCGCCCACUUCGAUCAUCCCUCUCGAGAUUCUUGUUCCAAUUGCGUCACCGCCGUCCUCACUAUCCGAGACUCUCUCUACAACCAAUUCGUCGGCAGGCAGGACCUUCCCGUCGAAAGAGCCAUUUGUGGUGUGGCGGCUCUUGUUUCCGUUGCUGCCGGCAAACCCGACGAUCCUUCCAUUCCGGACAAGUUCUUGCGUUGCUGGCCUCCUCCCCCAAUUAACGAUCACCCUGCAGGCUUCCUCAAAUCUUUUUCGGCAGGGUUCCUCAUAGCGCUGUCUGCGGUGAUUGCGAUGGCCUUGAUGGCAAUACUGGUGGGAAGUUUGUGGCAGAAGAAGCCUCGGAAUGCGGCGGCGUUGAAAGAAAUAACGAUGUGGUCGGGCAUGUACUGGUUCUCGAGAGCAGAGAUAGAGAAUGCCAUAAACUACGGGAACGAGAGGAAGUGCUUGGGAAGGGGGAGUGCGGGACAGGUGUUCAAAGGGGUUCUGCCCAGCGGUCAAGUGGUGGCCAUCAAGCACCUGAACAAAACCAACAGCUCUGAUUCUUUCACUCGGGAAGUGGAGGGCCUCUCCAGGCUUCGCCAUCCCAAUCUGGUUUGCCUCUUUGGGUGUUGCAUUGAAGAUGGGGAGAGAUAUUUAGUGUAUGAAUACUGUGCAGAAGGCAAUCUAGCGCAACAUCUCUUGAGAAGAGACAGCCAUUUGACGUGGGAGACAAGAGUUAGGAUCUUACGGGACUGCUCCUUCGCUCUCAAAUAUCUGCACCAUCAUGUUGAGGGCUGCGUUGUCCAUAGAGAUAUCAAGCUCACAAACAUACUGUUGACUGAGAGUUUGCAAGCUAAACUGUCGGAUUUUGGGUUGGCAAAGAUGUUGGGGAUGGAAGAGAGCCAAGUGUUCACGGAUGUAAGGGGAACCGUAGGGUAUAUGGAUCCAGAGUACAUGAGCAAUGCCAAGUUAACAUGUGCCAGUGAUAUUUACAGUUUUGGAAUAGUUGCCUUACAAAUUCUAUCGGGUCAGAAGGUGAUAGAGUUAGAUCUUGAUGCCAGAGAUCAACUCACUAGGAAGGCGAGAGAUGUGAGCAUGGGGAAGCGGCCAACAUCGGAUUUUGAAGAUCCAAGGCUAAAGGGACAAGUAAAUGUGGCGGACUUUGAGGCCAUCUUACAUAUUGCAGUUCUGUGUGUUGCCAAAUCAAGCAAAGGCCGCCCAACCAUUGAGGUUGUGUUCGAGGAAUUGGAUAAGGCCUAUAAGAACACUCUUGCCCAAUCGAAAGCAACGCAGGAUCGGAGUGGAUCCGGAACAUCCAACUCUACAUCCUCCGAUCGAUUUGAUUAUUCCUUAACACAAAGGCAUUAGCAACACGUUACUUGUACGCAUAUAUAUGUUGAUGACCAUCAUCUUGUACAUUAAAUGCAUAUUUAUUAUACAGGAUCCAUCGAGAUUGUGGGUAAUUAACUGGUUGGGUGUACCCUUGUUUUGAUUC